UGCUUUUUGCCCUGUCAAGAUGACGAGGAUAGACCUCUCAUUGUGAAUCUGCCGCUCUAGCCUUCGCGAGGCUGGUUUCUAUGUUCCUUGGCAGGUGAAGAAGGGAAGAGCGGAAUCAUCUGAAAAAAUGGCGACUGCGGUGAAUAUUCGAGAGCUGGACUACUAAACAGGCGGGAAACUAUGAGUGAAUUCACAAAGCUCGGUACUUCAAACUGUACACAUAAAUAGAGGGGUACAAUCCCCGAGACCAAGUGAACUGGAGUUUGUGUAACGAUGAAAGACAGGAAGCCACUGGGACUCGCGGGAGGUAAUCAAGCUAUUUCGAGUUUCUUCAGCCCAAGCUGUGAUCCAGAUGGCCUUCUAGGAACAGGAAAACUGUGUUGUGAUCCAGGACAAUGUGACACCAUAACAAUUAAUAUACGAUGACAGACCUCAGUCGCCUCUCUUCUGUUGUUAAAGACCGCCUCGUACUUGGAUCCCCCAAACAGCAGUGCAGUGAUGCUAAAAGGAGCGGUCGGUCUCACUGCAGCUCUGCGGUGAAGCCAGGCAGCGGAGUAUCCACGCCUCCCCCCGUGAAGCACAAGAGCAAACCUGCUCUGCCAAUGCAGAAGACUCCUGACAAGAGCCCCGUCCUGGAGGCCAUCGCCAGGGCUGCCAGCUGGGAAAAAGCAGGGAGCCCGAGCAGAGGGAUCAGCAGGAGUCACACACACAUCCCCAUGCCCAGCGUGGUGGUGAAGAAGCUCUGUCCCAACUCCCUCAGCUUCUCCUCCUUCAUGCUGGGCAGUGACAACUCCACCAAGAAGUCUGUCUCUAGAAACAGCACGGCCCCUCGCGUGAAAAGCAGCAGUCUUGCUUGUGAUGAAAGGAAGGGGUCCCAGGAUGGAGACGCGAAGCCCCACCAGGCGCUUGAUUUCCUCUCCCCAGACAGCAGUCCCUCUGGCAGCCCUCCCUCCACCCCCAGGAAGACUCAGUCAAGGCUGCACAGCCCGGAGUUUCAGGAGACGCUGCAGAAUUACAAGAAGCAGAGGGAGCUGAAGAGGCAAAGGCUGGAACAGUCACAGCACACAGUUAACAAGUCUUCUGAAUGCCAGCGAUCAAAUCCGGUCUGUUACAAAUCGCCAGGCUCGUCCCAGCUCUGUAACAUGACCACCCCGAAGGCGGUGCCGCUCGUAAACAAGUCCUCCAGCCAGCGUAAGGUUCGAAAGAGUUUGUGUUAUUCACCUGAGUCUCAAAGCAGGCACGUGAGCCCAGGUUACAACUCGGCAGAACAAUCCCCUGGAAAGAGGAAAAGAGAUCUGGACGAGGAUGAUGGAAAGGUGAAAAAAAACCCCUUCCCUCAGGAUCCUGGCAAACAAGCCACUAGCACUAGCAAGGUCCAGAAAGAGAGCCCCGCGGCUGUCCGACAAUCACCCAGCAAGGAGGGGAAAGAGGCUGCUGGGCCCAAAGCCAAAAGCUUGCCUGCACAGGAGAAGCGCUUGGAGCUGCAGCGUGUGUCUUCAUCCUCCUCCUCCUCCUCCUCCUCUUUCUCGUUCGACUCUUGGAAUAGCCGUCUGGCUGAGUGCACAGGAGUAAAAGAGAAGCCCAACUCCCAUCAUUCGCAUUCUGAAACUGUUAAGCACAAAGCUAAAACCAUUGACAGAAUUGAAUUUAAAAUGGCUUUGUUGCGACGCAUGACUAACUUGAACAAUGCUGACCUCUCUCCCAGGGAGGAAGGUCCCCCGCAAGCUGAAUUUGAGAAUGGAGGUUCUUCUGUCUCCAAUCUCUCCGUGUCUAGCACUGAGAGGGCCUUGGGCUUAACUGCUGGAAAAAACGUCAACACCACUGAAGUUUCUCAUAAAAAUGGUACAUUGUCUGCUGUAUUGGGAACACCAGAGAGAACCGAAGGGAACUCUCCCACUGUAGCUGAGAGUGGCAGUUUGCCGUCACCCGCAUUCAGGGAGGGGACUCCUGGUGGAGACUCGUGUUCUGAUGUCAGGGCCAUGGUCCCGAGCCCUGGCUCCCCGGCAGCAGCCUCAGAGCCAGUGGUUAGUGGCGGAGGGACUCCGGACAGGACUGCAGGGUACUGGCAGGACAGUUUGGAUAGUGAUGGAGGAGGGGCUGUGGGCAGCCUGAGCAGCGACAGUGAUGACGAUGAUGAGCCUUUGUUGUCGCUGGAUGAGUUCAUGUCUCGGGGUUCAAAGUCAGCUGCCACGCCAGAGAAGAGCUCGUAUUCAGAGUCUAGCACCCCUGUGUCCUCGAGCCAUUUUACAGCUGGCCCCAGCAGACCAUUGAGUUACAAAAACAGCCUCGCAAGUAUGCUGAAGGAAAAAGAGGAACAGCAGAGAGUGAAAGAGAUUGAUCUCCAGUUCCAGAAUGACAUCGGAGAGGGCAAGGCGAUGUGGAAACUGAGUGAGGAGCUGGAAGAGGGCAGUUCUGAUGAAGAGGAGCUCAUUCCUGAAGAACACCGGGAUUUUGUGGAGAAGUUUUCCAUUAUUUCGGAUGCCAUUCCGGACUUGCGCCCGGGAGAGGAAAUCUUCCACUUGUCAAACUUCGGGAAGCUCUUCACUGAGGAAAGUCUUGGCCUGAGAAACAGCAGAUUGAGCCCUGAGAGUCGUGAGCAGGACGCGCUUCUGAGUUUCUACCCUCGAAAGCAAACAUUUGUGUGCAGUCAAGGCUUUCUAAAGAUGGCAUUUCAGUGUGCUCCUCGUCAGCCAUCUCUUUACAAGUGGUUGUUUCAGAUGAUGUCUGUCCAUUCAGAUUUUCUGACUUCUACACUAAUUCUUAAAGGGCUAAGAGACCUUGCAUUGAAUGCUGCUGAGCAGAUAGUGCUGUACAACAACAAAACAGUGCGAGUCUGGCUGCCACCGCUGGAAGACGUGACGCUCGUGUUUCUCAACAUGGGCGUCCCCUUCGGCAGCCUGUUCCCUGUGGAAAAUCUCCAGCCAGACUUCUCUGAAGAAGACAUUGUGCAAAGUGUAGAUGCCGUGGCAGAGGAUGCUGUAGAGAGUCGUGAGUGUGAUCCUGUGUGUUUCCCAUUGCAGAACUUCAUCAAUGUGCUUCAGUAUCUGGUGAUGUGCACCUCCCUGUGCCCCAGGGCCUACAGUGACCGGGACAAGCUGCUGCUGCUGUCCCUGCUGUGCAGAGUCAGCCUGGAGAAGGGGCUGCGCCUGCACCCCAUGGUGGAAAUCCAGACCAUCAUUCACAACCUGCUCAAGAGCAUCAGGCACUGGGACACGCAGAUGCCUCUAGUUUGUCUAACCUUAAUCAACCUAGCAGCUCAUCACCAUAACCUGCGAUGGCUGGUUACAUUACUGCCCAUCUACUCCCGUGGCAGACAACUCAGGAGACAUGUGAGCCUGGCGCUCAUCUCCAAACUCUUGAACAGGAGCUGCACUUACACGAUGGAAAACGCUGAUCUUCAGCUGUCCGAGCUGCGUCCCUACUUGAUUCGAAUGAAGCCCUCCUCUCUGUUAAAAAAUAUUAAAGCUGAAAAGAAGUGGGGGAAUCAGCUGGGAGAGGAUCAGCCAUCGGAAAUCAGUCUGGAUCAGGAGGCGUACUACCUUGCACAUAGCCUGUUGGCAUUGGCCAGUGAAGUGGUUAACUUUGAUUCUGUUCCUGCCGGUCAAAGAAAACACCUAGUGCUACUGUCUGCCGAACUGGAAAAGCACAUCAAAUGUGAUAUCAGGGAGAGUGAUAAGCUUGUUUACCGCAGCAAGGUGAAGGAUCUGGUUGCACGGAUUUAUAUUAAAUGGCAGGAACUCCUUCAGAGAUCCAGGCCACUGCAGGGUAAGCUGCAUGACUACUGGGAGCCUUCAACAGAGGACGCCAGCACAGCCAGUCAAGUACCUGAACCAGAACCAGAACCGGAAUCAGAACCGGAACCGGAACCUGACAGGGAGGCCAACAAAGAACCUGUUGUCUUAACGGUUGAAGAAUGUGAGGCUAGUGGAGAAGAGAUGCAGUGAUUCACUUUGCUAUCUUCAGAUCGGUUCUGAACAUUCAGCCUGCCCUCCACUUGCCUUCCACAUUUCAAUACACCAGCAAUAUUAAAUACAACACAAUCCACUGACUGAAAUUCUCAUACAGUCAGUAUCAAAACGCUUCUCCCCUCGGACGUCCCCACUGAUAAACGGACCGAAGAAAUCUGGUACCGUUUCUUUAGUCUAGAUUAUACUUUACAACAAAAAAAUAAAUAAGCCAAAUGAAUUCUUCAGUAUUUCGGUAUUAACCCUUAGCUGCCCGGUGUCCAAUAUAUUUGACACUGUGAGAAUAGGCAUUAACAGGUAUGGGAACACACCCAGGGCAGCGUUGUUUCCAGGUUGACAGGUUUGCCUGGGCGAUCUCAACACUACAAGGUGGGGAGAGCUGAUGAGAAUGAAGUGAAAUUGUUACUUCAGCUUCGGGUGAAGCUGCUGAAACAGUGCAUUGUUUUUUUAUGUAGAGGAAAGACCACACGCAAAAGAAAUAAUUCUACUGCACAUAGUACAUAUUUUUGUUACUGUAUAUAUUUAUAAAGAAAGUACUUGCACUUGGCAGUAGCCAUUCUGUUUCAACCCUGUCCGCAUUGGGUAUGUUUACAUGCAGGCAGUAUUCAGAGUAAAGAAUUCAGAAUCAGAAUGCAACGAUACCUGUAUCUUCAGAGUAUUUACCUUUCAGAAGUAUUAAACAAAUCCAUUUGUUAGUGUGCUGAUUUCAAAACAUGAAAAGAAUGACCUUCCAUCACCUUUAUAAUUGAGUACCAACCAAAGGCAGUUUAUGUUGGCACUGAGUGUUUUAAAAGCCAGUUGGGAGUAAACUGCCCUCGUCUAUUUACUGCCAUACCGAGGCUGUAAACUGACCAUGAAAAUAUGAUGCAAAGCCAGCAGAUGCACCUGAUUCAUCAUCUAAACGUGAGCUUUGAGCUUUCCUUACACUUAACUGAAGAGCGACCUGAAGCUGGGCAAGCUGGGAUACAUAAGUGUGUCGCGUUUCAUAUGAGAGCUCAUCCUGCCCAGGGUUACAAUCCCACAAUUCACUGCAGACAUGGAAAGUGAAAUAAAAAUGAUUUCAUAUCAAGAGUAUAAAAGGAAGGCAAGACAAAUCGCUAAAAUUGUUUUGUGUUGAGUAAUUAACAUGUUUUAUUCCAUGUAAUUAAUACCCAACACCUUCCGAUUUCUUCAAGGUAAUUACUUGGAGAAUGCGGGUAUCGGCGCGCCCCUGAUUCAGAAUAUUGUGUGUUCAUGGACAGCUCUGAAUUCUGAAAGCCUUAUCCUGUAAAUCAUAAGCACUUCCUCUUCCUUGUGUUCUGUAUCUCUGGGGUUAAAAAUGAAACCAUGUUAAUAUGAAACCCAAAACCAAGUACUGAUUUCCUGAUCAAUUCUCACUGAAUGCCAGGAUAGCAUUUGUAGACUAUAUAAAGAAUAUAGAAAAGCACAGCAUUCCUGAAGGCUUUUCCCCAUGCAGUUACUGGUUGUUUUGCCCUUCUGUACUCUCCCCUCUCUCCAUACAUCACCUUCAGGACCCGCAUUCUGCUCUGUAGUAAUUCAUGUUACAGUUGAGUGUAGCUGACCUCCAGCCUGCACCAAGAAAAGCUCUGUUUGGAAUGCUCAGGGCGCAUCGCCGUCAUUAAAGGAAUAUUCUGAGAAGAGUUAGGAAUUGCAUGGAAAUAUUCGCUAUUGUUUUCUGCACCCCAAGCCAUUUGAAUGUAUGUUUUUGUAUUAAAUUAGGUUUGGAAUUGUUGUUCAUUGUCUUGUUUUUUUUAAAAUAUGUUCUAUAUUUAAAGCCUUGCUUUUCAGUUCUUUUUAUAAUGUUUGGUACCGGUACCACUGUUUUCAUGUGAUUGUAAUAACUGUACUUUUGAAUAUUUGUUAGUUCUAUAAUAAAAAUACGACGAGUCUGUUCCUGCUUUGUAA